AUGGGGCAGUGCUACGGCAAGACUAUUCCGACCGGCGAUAAUGACCAGUCCGGGACCACCAUCACCACCGUCGCGACGACGGUCACCACAAUCACGACCUCCUUCCACCAGCCCUCGCCGGCGUCGCAGCAGGGGGAGCGGAACGGCGGCGCCGGGAGCGUGAAGAGCACGCCGGCGAGGUCGUCGAUCCCGCAGCCGAGCCCCUGGCCGAGUCCCUAUCCGCACGGCGUGUCCGCCAGCCCGCUCCCCGGGGGAGUGUCGCCGUCGCCGGCGAGGUCGUCGACGCCGGGGAGGUUUUUUAAGAGGAGGUUCGCGCCGCCGUCGCCGGCGAAGCAUAUCAAGGCGUCGCUGGCGAAGCGGUUCGGGCAGAAACCUAAAGAGAGUCCGAUUCCGGAGGAGCAGGGAGUGGAGCCGGAACAGUCGCUGGAUAAGAGCUUUGGGUAUAGCAAGAAUUUCGGAGCUAAGUAUGAGCUUGGGAAAGAGGUCGGGCGAGGGCAUUUCGGUCAUACUUGCUCCGGUAGAGGCAAGAAAGGCGAGCUCAAGGACAAGCCUCUGGCCGUUAAGAUCAUCUCCAAAGCCAAGAUGACAACGGCCAUAUCAAUUGAAGAUGUUCGUCGAGAGGUGAAGAUAUUGAAAGCUCUAUCUGGGCAUAAGCAUCUUGUAAAAUUUUAUGAUGCAUGUGAAGACGCCAAUAAUGUUUACAUUAUCAUGGAACUAUGUGAAGGUGGAGAACUUCUUGACAGAAUUUUAUCCAGAGGUGGAAAGUAUGCAGAGGAAGAUGCAAAAUUCAUAGUUGUGCAAAUUCUAAGUGUUGUUGCAUUUUGUCAUUUUCAAGGCGUCGUGCACCGUGACUUAAAGCCAGAGAAUUUCCUUUUCGCUACUAGAGAUGAAGAAGCUGAUAUGAAGCUUAUUGAUUUUGGUCUUUCCGACUUUAUUAGACCAGACGAAAGACUUAAUGAUAUUGUUGGAAGUGCAUAUUAUGUUGCACCUGAAGUCCUCCAUAGAUCUUAUAGCCUUGAGGGAGAUAUAUGGAGCAUUGGUGUUAUCACCUAUAUCCUGCUUUGCGGAAGCCGGCCUUUCUGGGCACGAACAGAAUCUGGAAUUUUCCGUGCAGUGCUAAGAGCUGAUCCUAGUUUUGAUGAUCCACCCUGGCCUUCUAUGUCGCAUGAGGCCAAGGACUUUGUAAAACGGCUUUUGAACAAGGACUACAGAAAGAGAAUGACUGCUGUCCAGGCCUUAUCUCACCCAUGGUUGCGAGAUGAUAGUCAGCCUCUCCCUUUAGAUAUAUUGAUCUAUAAAUUAGUCAAAUCAUAUCUGCAUGCUACACCUUUCAAACGUGCAGCACUUAAGUCUCUUUCAAAAGCUUUGACGGAGGAUGAGCUGAUAUAUCUUAGAGCCCAAUUCAUGCUUUUGGGACCAGAUAAAGACCAACGGAUCUCUCUUAUCAAUUUCAAAGCAGCUCUUCAGAGAAAUUCAACUGAAGCUAUGAUGGAGUCCAAAGUUGUUGAUAUUCUAAAUGCAAUGGAACCACUUGCGUAUAGGAAAAUGGACUUUGAAGAAUUUUGUGCUGCUGCAAUCAGCACGCAUCAAUUGGAGGCCCUUGAAGGAUGGGAGCAGAUAGCAUCUACUGCUUUUGAGCACUUUGAACGCGAGGGCAACCGAGUCAUAUCGAUUGAAGAACUGGCCAGAGAAUUAAAUCUGGGCACUUCUGCCUAUUCAAUCCUCAGAGAUUGGAUCAGAAACACAGAUGGGAAGCUUAGUCUCAUGGGAUAUACAAAAUUUUUGCAUGGUGUGACGAUCCGUAGCUCCAACACCAGGCACCAUUAGUUUUAUUUCUUUUUUUUUUUCUAUUUAAUUUUAGCGUUUGACAUAUAGGUUUCUUUUAAGAUUCAUGGGUUUAAAUCUUUCAGAUGAUUUGUGGGAAUUUGAAUUUUUUCUUUGGGGGUUGGGUAAAGAAAAAAUGUGUAUAAAUGAACAGGUUAGUCGAGCCAGUUGGGAAUUUUGGAGCCAGUCUUAAUUUG